CGCUUUUACCCUUCGAGGAAUUAUCUUGGCCGUGAAUCGGCCAGUCUUCGACGAACAUCCUGAGUUCGACCGUGACAUCGGCAGAGAUACAGAUUCUCUCGCGAGUGAUCCUCGUGAUCGGGCUUAUGAUCGAACAUCGAUCGGCAGUGUUGAAGCAUCACAUGGACGUUAAACCAGCAAACUUAUCGAGACAUCUAUCGAACGAAAUUCUUCAAUGGGAAAACUCCCGAAGGUUAUCCCAUAACGACUGAGGAUCGACCUAAGGAAUUGGAAAGGGAUUAGAAGAAGCGCGUGACCGAGUUUUCAGGAACGAGCGCAAAAUUCCUUAAGAAUUUUCCGAAAUCGGAUACGUGUUCGAUCUCGUGUCUCACGUUGAAAAUUAAAGUAAACGGAGUCACGUUCGUAUACGUUCUAUUAAAAACGUGAUAUCGUAUGAGAAGAGCUUAUCUCUUUCUCUUUAUCUCAUUUAUUCUUUAUACGAUUUUUUUCUUUUGUUUUCUUUUUUCUUUUCCUUUUUCUUUUUUUUUUUUUUUAUUAAAAUUCCAAAUGAUCGAACUACGAUAUAUCGUAAAUAUAUGCUGAUAAUGAAAGUUUUACGAAAAUCAUGAUGUUGAUUAGCAAAAAUCACAUUUUAUGAUUCAUAAAAUUUUCCAUUAUUUUCGAGAAAUUCCAAUUGUAACGAGUAAAAAUGUCUCGAUCUUCUUUUUCUUCUUCUUCUUUUUUUGUUUUUCUCCCUUUGAACCCUAAAAUGUUCCAGACGAAUAUUACCACGAAUCGGGAAUAAUUUCAAGGACGACUCGUUAACGUUUGGCAAAUCUCGAAUCACGAUGUAUUCGAGGAGGACGUCCGAGAAAAAUUCCAUUCGCGUUUGAGCUCCAUAAAAAGAUUUUUGUUUAAUCGAGCGACGAAGCGAGUGGAGCGUGUGCGUGCGUUUCCUUGGCUCAAUAAUCGAGAUGGAUAGAGGAGAGGAAAGAUGGAUGGAUGGAUGGAUAAAUGGAUAAAGAAGGCACAUGUGAUACGAAUUUUCUCAAAUUCUUACUCUCGAUCAUCCGACCGUUUAAAAAUUUAUGAGAAAAUGAUAAUGGUGUGUAAAAAAAAACGUGAUAGGAUAUUCAACAAUGUGAUCGAAGGAUCUAGAAGGUUACACGUGCUAGAAAAAAAAAUGACUCAGUGUAACCUGUGAAGAGAUAAAAAUAAAGAGAGAGAGAGAGAGAGAGAGAGAGAGAAAUAGACAAAUAGAGUACAAAAGGGAUGAUGAGAGUGGUGGGAAAAGGGAAGAGUGGGGAUCGGAAGGAAGGAUGCUCGGAGCCAGUUAUGGUGGCGAACGAAGCCGAAUGGUGUUGGUGGGGUCGAAAGGUGGCGCAGUCAUUUAUGGUCGCACCGUGUAAGCUCGCACACCUGCGAUCGGAUAACGGAAGGAGUAACGAAAGUAUACCGACAUUGUGCUGUCGCUGAACACGUUUGGAUUUAAAUAGGAUUUGAAACGAAGAAAAAGUAUCUUCGAACGUUAAAAGAAAAUGAAGGAAAUAAAUAUAUUGUGAAAUUAAUAUUAAUAUUAAUUAUUCGAUGACAAAUACAUAGGAAGAUGUUUUUUUUCUUUUUUUUUUUUUUAUCUUGAAGAGGAAUAGGAUACGAUGAGAAAGUGUCGAAGAUCUACGAGGACAAGGACAUAGGAUUUCGAUAAAAUAAUGAAAGAGAAUAAAAGAAAAAUAAAAUAAUAUAAUAUUAAGGAGAUUAUAGGAGAUUGAAAUUGAAGAAUUACGAGGGGAUUCUUUUGUUUAUGCUGUUAUUAAAAAUAUGUCGUGAAAAGCAAAAGAUAUACAAGAUGAGUUCUUUGCGAAGAACGACGAAUCAGUCGACCAGAGAGGGAGCUACUUCGAGACGGCACGCUCUAUCGGGGGUUAGUACCAAGAGCGUGAGGAAUCUUCUUCACAGUGGUACCGCACCUGGUUCACCUCUUCGUUUGAGAUCCAAAUAUGAGCUAAGGAGCAUCAGCUUCGAGGGUAGCAAGGUCUUACCAUGGACCACCAGAUCCACGACCGAUGCGAUAUCGAGGAGAGGUGUCCUGUCGAGACGAUGCUAUGGAAGCGUCGAGAUGUUGCCACAAAUCGAACAGGACGGCUCCGACAAUGGGAGAAGAUUUCGAGUGGAGAACGGAGAUUCUCCAGGCGAAAAAGAGGAAAUGUUCGGAUCUCCGAAUAUACCGAUAUUGGAAAAUCCCGAGUAUCAAACACGUUGGUACUUUAAAUACUUUCUAGGAAAGCUGCAUCAAAAUUACGUGGCAUCGGAUCAUGAAAGGAAUCCACUCUUUCUCUCAGUGGUGAUGAGCGAGGGUGGCGAUCAAUGCGUAUCGCAUUACAGAGUUAUUUUAUGGAGACGAACGGGCGCUCAAAAGAUAUCUCUACCAUUUUCGGCAAACAAGACGAUGACCAUCAGGCAAAUCCUGAGCAACUUCUUCGGCCUGGAAAAACUCGACAAGGCACCACGCGAAGUUUUGUCUCCUGAGAUACAAAAGGAUUUACUAUUACUGGAAGAACAAGAAGGAUCCGUCAACUUCAAGUUCGGUGUUAUAUACGCGAAGGAGGGUCAGACAACCGACGAUGAGAUGUUAUCGAACGAAAGUGGCAGCCCCGGUUUCGAGAAGUUCCUCGAUAUUCUCGGUGAGAAGAUACGACUCAGAGGUUGGGACAAGUACCGUGGCGGCCUGGAUGUUAAAGGUGACAUGACCGGAAGAGAAAGCGUUUAUACGAUAUAUGCUGGUCACGAAGUGAUGUACCACGUCAGCACAAUGCUUCCUUAUUCGAAGGACAAUCCGCAGCAGCUCGAGAGAAAAAGGCAUAUUGGUAAUGACAUCGUCAACAUCAUUUAUACGGAUGAUCCAGCAGCCGUGGAUAGUUUCAAUCCUAAUUGCAUAAGGAGUCAAUUCACUCACGUAUUUGCUGUGGUAUCAGCGUUAGGACUCCUUAAAGGUUGGCGAGUUGCCAUUUAUUGCGACGAAACGGUUCCUCUUUUUGGUCCAAGUCUUCCGUGUCCACCAAUAUUCGACGAUCCUUAUCAUUUGCGAGAAUUCCUUCUAGUCAAACUUAUCAAUGGCGAGAAAGCAACCUUUAAUACGCCAACAUUUUCUAGAAAAAGAGAAAGAACUCUGGAUGCUCUAUUGCGUGAUAUGUAUCAGGAACAUGCGCAAGAUGGCAAGAGCAACGUGAGUCUUCAGCGUGAUCUUCUGUUAAAUAGCAUGUUGAAUCGUCGUGCAUUUUCUGACGUUGUUGAAGCACCUGGUCGACGACGAGAAGAAACUCGAUCUGUAGAAAUGGUCCGCGUUGGUCAGGCUGUUAAAUUGGAAGCGAUAGUUCGCGGUCUGGCACCAACUUCUCUAGCCACAGUUGGUCCGUUGAAACCAAGACCUUGGGAACCGAGAUGUAUUUAUCCAGAUUUCCCUCACGUUGUAAUUUGCGGUGACGUUUGGUCGGAGAAUAGGAUGAUACUUGCGACGGAAAAUGGAACUUUUCUGGUCGAAGAGGGUCUAUCUCACAGAAUGAUUUUCGAUGAGUCAGUUCAAAUCAAACAACUCGACGUGGUAGAGCAACACGGUAUUCUUCUCUUUCGCGGAAUCGAUAAAGGCAAAGAAAGCGUAUACGUUUUUCGUUUGCGUGAAUUCGAUUACGAUUCAUCUUUGAGUGGAAAAACAUACAAAUUCCCGGAAUUCUUUAACAAUCGUGACGACGAAGACGAGGGAGACGAGCACGACGAAGAAACGGAAGAGAACGGUGAGAACGAGGAUGAUUAUAAGGAUGGCGAGAUCGAGGAAGAAGAUUCCGAGACGAUUUAUCGAGAAAAUUUUAAAUUCAAAUCAUCUUUACGUUCUCGAGCACGGACACACCUUCGACCACCCGCGGUUAGAAGUCGAGCGCAUAUUAAGGAUAGAAAAUUGGCUCGUACUCGUGGUUGCCAUCUCUACAGUAUCACCAGGCAAGGUGGCUCGCACUUGCGAAUGUGUGCGGCCGUUGGACGACGUUUGACGGUCCUCCAAUGGAAACAUAAUGCAGCUUGGACAGCUUGGUGCUCUUCCGCAGACACCGACACGAUCGAAGGUUUCUUAUUGCUCAAAGAAUUUACAGCUAGCGAAAGCCCAAUCCUUAUUACGAUGAUAGAGAGCACCGAGAUUGGGAACGAAUGGAUGCUGUGUUGCGGUGCACGCCAUCAUUAUGAACUCUUCACGGCGUCCGGAAGUUCACGAAUAGUUCACGUCGAAACGAACAAACCGCACAUUGUCGCAGCGAUCGAUCUGCGCGAGGACGAGGAACCAGAACUAUUGCUCUGUUAUAACAAUAUGUGUCACUUUCAAAAAUGCUCGGAAGAGAGUACUGCUCCUACGGACUUUGAUUUCAAAUGGAAUUCAGUGCCAAUUGCGAUAGCUUGUGCUUUUCCUUACGUGAUAGCGUUCACCGCUGACACAAUGGAAAUUCGUUUGAUAAUAAAUGGAAAUCUUGUACAUACAAUCGCCAUGCCGAAUCUUUGUUUGAUAACUUCGAAAAGAGAUAUAUUUUUUGCCACAACCGCACCGGAGUUUCUAUCUGGUAAAUGCGAACGUAUUCGUCUUGAUUCGAAACCUACUGACAAAGAGGAACAAGCAAAUAGUCCACCACCAACAACGCAAUCUUCCUCCUCGUCUCGAUCACAAAAUAAUCAUAGCGAUUGGAAACCAAUAAGAAUCUAUAGAAUACCAUUACAAACUCUCUCGCGAAAUAUAACGUCAAAUUGUAGCCAAAGAUGUCCGAGUCCAGUGGAACCAGAAAUUGUUUCUGCCUCGUUGACGAGCGGGGAAAAUAAUUUUUUGAGCGUGGAUUCACCAAGAAUCUUAAGCAGAUCUUGCAAUAGCAGCCCGACACCACCAAGUGUCGCUGAAGAUCUAAUUCCUACUGUGUGUAGAAAAUAGAAAAAAAAAAUGAGAGAGAGAAAGAGAGCGAGAGAGAAUGAAAGAAAGAGAGAAUGAGAGAAAAAUGGAGACAAAGAGACACGUUAACUUUCUCCUAAAAUAAUUCAUAAUUGUGUUGCCAUUUUUUAUUGGAUUCGUACUCCAUAGUGCGGAUGGAUAGUAGGUACCUGACGUUCGUGCCUCUACAGGAUUAAGAUUUAACACAAGCAAACGCACGAUCCUGUCGUUGCUAUGCUUCGCGAUAUAAAGGCAUUUAGUACGUGUAUGAUCGAUCGUUACUCACGAUCUCUAUUUUCCUUCCCCCCUUUUUUUUUUUUUUGUUUUUCUGUCGUCGAAAUUUUUGGAUCGAUCUAAAUUUAUAGAAGAAAAAUAUUCGGCCUAGAAAUUUUUAUGUCAAUGCUCGAUCGAUAAAUCAAGAUUUCAAGUGUCAUCUAGCGGUGAUUCUCUCGUACUAACUUUGCGAAUAAUUCUCUGACGAUACGAUAGACGACAUCGAUCAAAACGAGUACAAAAAUGAAUGAGAAUUUCUAAUUUGGGGCAUCGAUAUUUUUGACGUACGAUCUAUCUGACGUGUACUCGAUGUCUUUCUUGCCUCCUUGAUACGUAUUCUACAUAGAUAGAUGCAUACCUUAUCUACUAUAUGACAGACAUACAGGAGGAAAGGUCGAUAACAUUGUGGCUCAUCGUAGAGGUUAGGGGUGAGCAAAUGCCAAGAACCGAGGAGUAUGAAAUACGCAAAGGAAUGGUCGUUUUGCCGUAUCUUCCGAGAGUAUAAUAGCUUAUCUAAUUGAUUAACAAUAAAUUUUUUGUUAAUUCUCAACGAGAGACGAUACCAAAGCACAAUCUCGAUUUUUUGAUAAUACGCGGAAAUGGAUAUUGCAUAUGAAGGAUCUUUUUUUUUUCUCAAUUAUAUCUUUUCUUUUUUUUUUUUUUUUUGUAUUUACAAGUAUGCAUGCUUCUUCUUAUGAUCGCGUAUGUAAGUUACGAAGGAAGAUUUGCUAGCGUGUUCACUCUCCUAAUCGUUUCGAUCGAACCGAUGACACUGUACGCAGCAGCGAGCAUGGUCGCGACAAUGGCGUAGAAUUAAAAAUGAUUUUGUCGAAGUAUUCUUUUGUUUCUUCUUUUCUUUUUUGUUUUGUUUUGUUUUUGUUUUUUUUUUGUUUUUUUUUUUUUUUUUUUUAAUUCUUUCUUUUGUUCUUCCGUUGUUGAAUAUUGUCGAGCCGAUGGCAAUUUUGUUUGCGAGCCAUUGUUGCAGUAGGUAGAUGAACGAGACGAAUACACGAGGUGUACGGUCAUGAUUAUCGAUUAUUCACGGUAUAACCAGCUUGUUCUGGGGGCUGUGACGCAUUCGCGAUCGAAUUUCACCGAUCGUAGCACAACGCCGCUACAUGCGUGAAGUUCUACAGACGAUGUAAUUCUGCAUACUCUUCCUUCCUUCCUUCCUUCCUUCGACGAGAAAGAGAGAGCGAGAGAGAGAGAGAGAGAGAGAGAGAGGCAGAAUUUAACGUGUGUGUGUGUGUGUAUGUGUGUGUGUAUAUAUACGAAAGCAUGAAAUAAAGUGUACCUUAUCGUUGCAAUGUUUGCACCAAAAACUUA